UUUUACCUUUUACUUAGUUCCUCAUUUCUCAUCUCAUUGCGAUCAGGCAUUGACAAAAGGGAGAGCUCGACAGCCGAGAAGAGGAAACCUUCGCUGGAUGAAAACCCAGAGAACUCAACUAAUAUGCUUCCUUAUGCGUACCUGCCUGGUCAUGAGCCACACCCAGCUCCAGAGUGUACGCUCACAUUAUUUCAGUGGCAGAUCAAGCAGGAAGCGUGCAGGUAUGAUGGCAUCUCUCCCGAGUUGCUGAGCUUGCAGGACGCGGACGGCGACACAUGUCUUCACAUAGCUGUGGCUCAAGGCCGAAGGGCUCUGGUGUACAUGCUGUCUUCCAAGCUGGCCAACUGUGGCGCUUUGGAGGUGAAGGAGCGACACGGACAGACGCCGCUUCACAUCGCUGCAGCAGCCAAUCAACACCUAAUUGUCGGUGACCUGCUGGUGCACGGCGCAAACAUCCACACCAGAGACUCAUGGGGCCGCUCGCCUCUACACGUUUGCGCUGCGAAAGGAUUCUACCUUUGUCUACAGAGCAUCUGGAAGACUUUCUCAGGAUGUUUACAGGCAAUUGAUACCGAAAUAUUCAAUUAUGACGGUCUAACUCCGCUUCAUCUUGCUGUAUUGUCUCACAAUGCUGUUGAAAAUGAGUGGAGGAGAAUGGCUCAUACUUGUACCAGGGACCAGGACCAGUACCAGCAAAGGAAACAAAUGUAUGUUCUAUGUGUGGAGGCCCUGCUGAACAUGGGCGCCUCCUGUGGGACUGCGGACUUAAAAAGUGGACGGACAUGUUUGCACAUGGCCGCUGAAGAGGCCAAUCGACAGCUGUUGACGAUCUUCCUCAAGCAGUCGUCUGGGUUGAGCAGUCUGAACAACAAGACAUUCAGCGGCAACACGGCCCUGCACAUCGUCAGCUCCUUACAAAACUAUCCCACUCAGCUGGAAGCAGUGAAGAUGCUGAUGAUAGGAGGAGCCGACCCCACAGCAAGAAACUUGGAGAAUGAGCUUCCCUGGCACCUGGCACAUGGAGGACCCGCUGGUGCGUCGGAUCCUGAGAGGAAAGCGUUGAUGAGGCCUAAAAGUGCUCCAGAACAGAACAGAACACUGUCAGUUAGACAGUCUAACGUAAAUAUUUGCCCUCACGAGGCAGAUGUUGGUCGUUUCAGUGAAACAAAUCAUUGUGAUGUAAUACUCAAUGAGCAAAUGUAGUAGAUCUAGGGUUCAUCGUGUAUUCUUUUAUGAUAGGUUUUAGAUUUCUUGUGUUCAGACAUGGGCGGCACGGUGGACGACUGGUUAGCACAUCUAGCUCACAGUUCUGAGAACUGGGGUUCAAAUCCCAGCCCCACCUGUGUGGAGUUUGCAUGUUCUUCCCGUGGCUGUGUGGGUUUUCUCUGGCUACUCCGGUUUCCUCCAACAUCCCAAAAAUCAUGCGUGGUAGGUUGAUUGAAGACUCUAAAUUGCCCAUAGGUGUGAAUAUGAGUGCGAAUGGUUGUUUGUUUAUAUGUGCCCUGUGAUUAACUGGCGACCAGCUCAGGGUGUACCCUGCCUCUCGCCCGAAGAUAGCUGGGAUAGGCUCCAGCACGCCCACAACCCUAGUGAGGAUAAGCGGUACAAAAAAAAUGGAUGGAUGGAUGUUCAGACAUGUUUUGUUUUUUUCUGGUAAAGAGAAGUUCUCUUACCUUGCUGACGUUAACACAGCCAUGACCACCGGAAAAGAAAACAUUUUUCUGAACACAACAAAUGUAAAACCUAGCAAAUAUGUGAUACUGAAAUUUGUGUUUUGUACCUACUCAUGUGAGGUUUUCUAUGAUGUACGCUAUUGUGGACUUGUAACUACAAUUAAGUUAUAUUGUGGCACAUAAUGAGACAGAUGGGUUCAAGUGCAAACAUUAAGCCACUUAUGCACUUCUUUUGUGGAUAUUAAACUCUUAAGUUUCAAUGGACGCGUGACUUAUUUUUAAUUUUUGAAAUGACUUUGUAGGCAUCUUAAUGUAAGAUGAGUAAAUGUUUAAAGUUUCAGAAUUGUGAUUCAAACCAGACAUCCAUUUUCUUUCUUCCUGUUUUGACUAUGCUGUACUUAUACUAUAUUCAUUAUAUUUUCUGGAGAUACAGUCGGUUUACCUUAUAUACAUGGACUGUGAAGAAUGGAUUGAUUGAUUUUCAACAGUCAAUAAAUCUGAUGGAGUCUUAAUGGCAAUAUAGGAGUUAUGGUAUGAGGAGUGGAUUUUCCCAUUAGCAUUAGCAUUUUCAAGUUGAUCAAAACCCUGUCAUGUCAAGUAAUAUGAUCUAAAUCUACAUUUGCCUUUUGUUGACCAAUCCUGAAAGUGUGUUGAUCAAUUCAUGAAUUUUAUUAUUAUUAUUAUUAUUUUUUUACUUAACCUCCACACCACCACCAACUUCAAUGUCUUCGUUCAUCGCAGUACCAUCUAAUUUUGUGAGGAAAAAUAAAUUUUAACGUCUUCAAAUGAAAAUGAUGCAUCUGCCAUGUAAUUAUUUUUAUAUUUGUUUCAGAUACAUUAAACUUACAAGUCAAUGGCACACAUAUUGUUAAGUCUGAAAAGGCCAGAACAAGAACAUUGUCUGUCGCAAUAAACAUCUGAAGUUACAGAAAGGAAUCAGACAAACAGUGUGUUGGUUCGACAUAUGGCACAUCCCAAUCUUUCAUGUUUCAGAGCUACAUAACGGCACACAAUAAAAUUAUCU